UCCGCUUUGUUGACGUCUCAUACGUACUGUGCCUUCCCAGCAUUCACCGCGAGCUCUGCAGCAUAUUAUUGACAAAGAGAAGAGGCUGGAGGGAACAACAACAGGGUGCGAUCACACACACAGACCGCGGAGACUCUGAUCUGUGUGCUGACAACAAGUGUCAUGACAUGGCGCUAAGAAGCUGAGAGCAGGAAGUGCCGUUUCCACCAAAAGGGAGUUUUCACAGCUUGAUAGUGAGUAGAGAAGGGUGGGGGGCCCAGCAGGCAGACCGUGGACGGGGAAGGGGAAGAGCUCAGCUGGAGCCAAUGCAGCAGCAGCAUCGACAGCCUGAGCUGGUGGAAGGAAACCUUCCCGUGUUCGUGUUCCCCACUGAGCUCAUCUUCUACGCAGAUGAGCAGACGUCCCACAAGCAGGUGCUCACCCUCUACAAUCCCUAUGAGUUCGCCCUCAAGUUUAAAGUGCUCUGCACAGCGCCAAACAAGUACACUGUGGUGGAUGCCACCGGUGCCGUCAAGCCACAAUGUUGCGUUGACAUAGUCAUCAGACACAGAGAUGUGCGGGCCUGCCAUUAUGGGGUGUACGACAAGUUCCGACUGCAGGUGUCGGAGCAGAGUCAGCGGAAAGCUCUGGGUCGCAAAGAGGUGACGGCGACGCUCCGCCCCUCUGCCUCGCAGGAGCCGCCCAGCCCCCGGCCCCUAGAUGAUGAACGCAGAAUCAAAGAGCAGUUUGCAGAAAGCGAGUUUUUUGAACAGACUGCAUUUCAGACAGAGAGCCGUCCUGUUGCCGGAGGACCCAGUCUGCUGACGGUGCUGCUUGGGCUGGUGUGUAUGGCCGCCCUGAUGCUCCCGACGCUGGGGGAGCAAGAAUCUACUGUGCCUCUCUACCUCCACUUAAGUGUUAACAAGAAACUUGUAGCUGCUUAUGUUCUCGGUCUUCUUACAAUGGUCAUCCUACGCACAUGAGGCGCUGGGAGCUGAGGAGGAGGAGGAGGAGGAUGAGGAUCGAAAAUGAUCGAAAAGACUAAAGAAAACAUUCUCCCACUAGAGGCACUACUACGCUUCAGUGUGUAGAGCUGACAGCAGGGGACGGGGUAUAUUAUUAUUCAAAUCGCCUCGUCCCCUCAUACAUACAUUUUUUAGCAUACUUGUUUUUAAAUCCACACAUGUAUUGUGUUAAUACAUACAUUUACACAACACCGAACUGAUGCAAACAGAAGAGACCUCCGGAGUGUUGGUGUGAGAGGAGCCGUCCCUGAACAGGGUCCGUGAAGAAACAUGAGGCCACUCGCCCAGAGUUGUCCUGUGGCCUCAUAUUUCCUGUGUCUGUAUUUCUGUGGUCAAUAUUAGUUUGAAGGAAUCCACAUGCGAACAUGAUACCAUGUAUAUAAAGCCAUUCAAGUUUUGUUAUGGUACUCACCUGUAACCAUCACUAUAUUCAAUGUUUUGAAGCAUUUUCAGUGUAGACGUCAUGCAGCUUGCAAGCGUUGAUACCUUAUCUGAGUGAGUUCUUUUUUUUCAGCAGUACGAUACUUUUACAUGUCGCCAAAGGAAAAGAUUUUUUCUUUUGUUUGCCGUAUUAUGUCAAUGCUACAUCAAAUGUUUAAUAAAGUCUCCAUACAUCUGUCUGGUAUAAUGUU